AUGGUUUUGAGUCUACCAUCUCGUGCUGAGUGCCCUGUUGCUACACAAGAGAAAGCUACUUCUGAGACGACAGCACCGACCACCGCCAUAACCGUCACGGCUACGGUCACAUCGAUGCUCACACAGGCACCGUCAUCUGCAGAGACGAACACAUCUGAAACUACGGCAUCAACUCUCAAACUCGAUGCUCCCAUCUUAGGACCCAUGGACAACCCUCUCCUUCUAUACUAUCCGGCACUCCCAGAAUCCGGCACUAGAUCCAGAAUACAACCUCCAUACAUUAACAAACCACCGAACUCUCGCCCUCGAGUUCCACUCUUCAUCUCCUUCGCCCGCAACAACGCCAUGCUACUUCAGACCCUGCACUCCUACAUCUCUUCCGGCUGGCCCGCUUCCGACAUCAUCAUAAUAGACAACAGCGGCACCAUGGACGCAAACCCUUUAUCCUUACUUUCUACCUCUAACCCCUUCUACCUCGACUACAAAACCUUGAGAGAAGCAUAUGGAGUGUCGAUAUUGCAAACACCGACGUUACUCUCCUUUUCCCAGUUACAGAACUUCUACAUCAGAACAGCGAUCACUAUGGACUGGCAAUACUUCUUCUGGUCACAUAUGGACAUCGUCGUCCUUCCCACCUCUACCCAACCAUAUAAAUCCUUCUACGCCCAAGUCCUACAAGUCCUCAGCAAUGUCACUACACUCUCAGAGACAGGACAACCAUGGGCCCUCCGCUUCUUCAACUACGAUUUUCUAACUCUGGUCAACGUGGAAGCUAUGAAAGCUAUAGGCCACUGGGAUACAUUUAUCCCUUACUACGCCUCCGAUUGCGAUUUCUACUCUCGUGUUUACGCCUCCAACUAUGAUACUCCCGAAAGUGUAAAAGUCACAGCGGGCAAGAUCUAUGAUAUGCCAUCGCUGGUUCCUGAUUUUGCUGCCAAGUUAUCAGCCAUUUAUACCUCCAGUGGCGUGAAUGAAAAGGCAUAUCCGGCAUUAACCUGGGAACUGGAAAAGGCGCAGAGAUUCAAGGAUGCAGAUCAAGGUGCUCAUAGGAAUAGUUGGCAAGGACAGCAAAAAGGGGGACAAGGGGAAAUGUGGACGUAUGAUGCGGAAGGGUUUGGGAGAGCAUGGUGGAUGAUUUCACGAGCAGGGGAAAAGGUGUAUAGGGAGAAAUGGGGGAGGGGGGAUUGUGAGUUGUGGAAAAAGGAUGGAUGGUCGACCAGUAAGGCGUGGAAGAAUCAUGGUGUUUAG